AUGGUAACUAGUAUACCAAGUCUUGUUAUGCCCGACAAAUUCUAUGAAGGUUGCUUAGUAGGAAAGCAAUCUAGAAAGCGCAAAUACGAAGUAUUUUCAAUCUUUAAGAGAUUCAAAGUGCUUGUCGAAAACCAAAGCGAAAAGAAGAUUAAGGUCCUGCAAACAAAUGGAGAUGGAGAAUACACAUCCAAGAUAUUUGAGGAGUUAUGUGCAAAACACAAUAUUGAUCAUGAGGUAACUGCUCCUUACACGACUCAACAUAAUGGAAUAGUAGAAAGCAGAAACAAGACUAUAUUGGAUAUAGCUAGAUGUGAUGCAACUAACAAGCCAUUGGUGAGCUAUGGUUUUGAUGAAGAAAGUAGUGAGCGCAAAGAAAUUCCAUCUAAUUGUGUUCUAGUCACAGUGGAAGUCGAAGUAGAAAAUAGUGAGAGUGUGGCUAACACAAGCCAAAGAACUCUAAUAACUAGAGUUCUUCCAGCAAGGCUUCAAUACUAUGAAGUGGUUGGUGAUGAUGAAGUCACACCAGAUGGAAAUUUGGUUCAUUUCGCUUUACUUAUAGGUGUUGAACCAAUCAACUAUAAUGAGGCCUUAAAGAAUAAAAACUGGAAGGCGACUAUGAUCGAAGAGUUACAAGCGAUUGAAAGAAACAAUACAUGGGAGCUAGUCAAAUUGCCAACACACAUAAAAGUUAUUGAAGUAAAGUGGGUGUUCAAGCUGAAGCACAAUCCUGAUGGGUCAAUUACAAGACACAAGGCAAGAUUAGUAGAUUGA